AUGUGGCCCAAUGCCAGUUCUCUGGGGCCCUGUUUCCGGCCUAUGAACAUCACACAGGAGGAGCGGCGCCUGAUUGCCUCCCCGUGGUUCGCAGCCUCCUUCUGCCUGGUGGGCCUGGCCUCCAACCUGCUGGCGCUGAGCGUGCUGAUGGGCGCACGGCAGGGCAGCUCCCAGUCUAGAUCUUCCUUCCUGACCUUCCUCUGCGGCCUGGUCCUCACUGACUUCAUGGGGCUGCUGGUCACCGGCGCCAUCGUGGUGACCCAGCACUUUGUCCUCUUUGAAUGGCAGACCGUGGACCCUGGCUGCAGCCUUUGCCACUUCAUGGGUGUCAUCAUGGUCUUUUUUGGCCUGUGUCCACUGCUGCUGGGGGCCGCCAUGGCCUCGGAGCGCUUCCUGGGCAUCACCCGGCCCUUCUCAAGGCCCGCGACCGCCUCACAGCGCCGAGCCUGGACCACAGUGGGGCUGGUGUGGGCCUCUGCGCUGGCGCUGGGCCUGCUGCCCCUUCUGGGUGUGGGCCACUACACCGUGCAGUACCCCGGCUCCUGGUGCUUCCUCACACUUGGCACCGAUCCGGGGGACGUGGCCUUCGGCCUGCUCUUCGCACUCCUUGGCAGCGUCUCAGUGGGGAUGUCCUUCCUGCUCAACACGAUCAGUGUGGCCACCCUGUGCCACGUCUACCAUGGGCAGGCGACUGCCCAGCAGCGCCCGAGGGACUGUGAGGUGGAGAUGAUGGUGCAGCUCAUGGGCAUUAUGGUGGUGGCCAGCAUUUGCUGGAUGCCACUGCUGGUCUUCAUCGCCCAGACGGUGCUGCAGAGCCCGCCCGCCAUGAGCCCGACGGGGCAGCUGUCCCGGCCCACGGAGCGGCAGCUGCUCAUCUACCUGCGAGUGGCCACCUGGAACCAGAUCCUCGACCCCUGGGUGUACAUCCUGUUUCGCCGGGCAGUGAUCCAGCGCUUCUACCCUCGCCUGAGCACCCGGUCCAGGUCACUGUCCCUGCAGCCCCAGUUCACCCGCAGGUCAACGAUACACUAG